CGCGGCUUAUAGUCCGAAGAUUACGGUAUUUGUUUUCCAAAAAGUGUGCAUCCGCUGAAAAAGGUGUCAUGGGUGCACCCCGGGAUUUGAUCAGAUUGAUUGUCCCGGUCAGUUCUUGAGUUUAUUAUUUGUCCAUGUUUUGUUGUCCCACAAUUUUUUUCCCUUCAUGACAUUUUGUUUUACGUCUGCCUCCCCCUCCCCCUCCCUGUAUUAACAGACUACACAGGUAGUGAGGAGAAUAUUGACAUCUCAGUUUUGGGUCUUCAGUCCAAAUUGAAUUUGCCACUCAAAUUCCCCCCCUCACACAAUCACAAGCCUGAGGCCUACCACAGCAGGCCUGGAUACAGCUACUCAAAGCAGAUACAUGUGGAUGAUGAUGAUAGCAUGAGCGACUGGUCCACUGACAGCUGUGGGUGGAGCGACGAGGACUUCGGGGGGGAUUUAGACGUCACCACGCCUCCCCUGAGUGUGGACUCGGGUGCUGUCGACACAAACGACCAGGAGUUAGUGCGCUGCAUCUGUGAGGUCGAGGAGGAGAAUGACUUCAUGAUUCAGUGUGAAGACUGUUUGUGCUGGCAGCAUGGCACCUGCAUGGGCCUGCUGGAAGACAAUGUUCCCGACCGCUACACCUGCUACAUCUGCAGAGACCCACCAGGUCAGAGACAGAGUCUGCGCUACUGGUACGACCGUGAGUGGUUAAUCAACGGUCACAUGUACGGCUUGUCCUUCCUGGAAGAGAACUACUCGCACCAAAACGCCAAGAAGAUCACCACCACCCACCAGCUGCUGGGGGACGUGCACCACGUGGUGGAGAUCCUCAGCGGACUGCAGAUCAAGAUGAACGUCCUGCAGAGCAAUACUCACCCGGACUUGCAGCUGUGGCGGCAGCCCUGGAAACAUCUGGAGAGGUCGUGGACCGCCUCGGACUCGUGCCGCAGCAGCAACGCGACUCCCGAUGAGGACAUGAGCCGAGGGGAGAUUUUAAUGUCCAACGCUCUGGAGAAGCUGAGCCGGGCCGCUACAGCCGCCACCUCCUCCUCGUCCGGCUCCUCCUUCCCAUUCCCCUCCUUCCAAGACUCGUACAUUAUCAGUGAACAUUGCUACCAGAAACCGCGGGCGUAUUACCCGGCGGUGGAGCAGAGGCUGGUGGUGGAGACCCGACAGGGCUCAGAGCUGGAGGACAGCAUGAGGAGCACCGAGGAGCUGCUGGAGCGGGAGCAGCGCUACGGGAGCCUGCUGGAAACAGACAAGCCCAAAUCCACUGGCCCCAGCAUCAAGGUUAGCCCUCAAUACACAGGGAUGCCAGAAUUUGAUUCUAUUUGUGGGGGCACCGCACCGCACACGCGUUGGGGUACUGCAGGGGGUACGUGAGGUUAA